CCCAAUCGACACCUGUACCACCUGGAAUGUGUAUCUUUGGGAGCUUCGAGUUAUCAGUGGUUACCGGUAUGUGACUGUGUGUGUGAGCUAACUAAUAAAUUGUGUGAUUCGACGACUACACUACAGCAAAGCACGUCGUUACCUGGAGCCAUUGCGGACCAAAGCCUUGGUAUACGUGGAUGGCCUACUUAUUUCCCUACCCGACCUGACGGCCAUCGUCAGAUACCAGUCCAUGUAUGUAUUUUGAAAUUGAGCUCUGAAGUCUAUCGUAAACAAAACUGCCAAUGGAUCUUCUCAGGGGAGGCGAUUAUUUUAGCAUUGACGAUAUCUUAUCAUCGCAAGAAAAGGUGCCGUGCGUACUGGACCUACCUCUGAUUCGACUUGGCUACUUGGACGCAACAUCUGAGAGUGAGCACAUUGUGCGUGGAUCCAAGCUGGAUUUCCCUAUUUGGCUGGCAAAUGCACUGAAGAACCAAAGAACGCCCAUUGUGUCGGUAGAUUUACCGAAGUACUACAAGGAUUCGUACCGGGAAAUUCUUGCAGCCGAUGCCAACGUCGUGGAUCUGCAUAAGCUGGGACCAUACUUCUAUGCUGUGGGGUGCAAAAUCCUGUCAUUUCAGCACCCAGAACGUGCCGACGUCUCUAGAUCCCUCUUUGAGAGCUAUUUGAACAGAGUGCUCGGUGUGAUCGACAAAGCUCAGCACUCGUAUGUGGCGGAUACCAGUACGUUCAUCCGUCGACUCGAUGUGUCAGAGCGACGUGUAUUCUCAGCUGGCCAGCAUGCAGCGAGGGAGAUGCAGGUGUGGAGCUCCUUGCAUGGCCACAUCCUACAAAGUCGCCGUAAACGGAAACACUCCGAUGGUGCUCCAAACGAAGAAGACGACAAGCGAGCUAAGACAUAAUUUUCCAUUUCCAGAAAUUAGAUGUUGAGGAUUCAAAGUCAUGAACAUUUACUGCAUACUAUAGAAGUCCUCCAUGUACAAGUGCUAGAUACAACCCCCCCCCCCCCCCCCCCCCCCCCCACUGUGGGUGAUACACAUACCUUUAUCCUUCUUUCUUCAUUCGGGGAUUUCAAUCUGCUCUUGAAGUUCCGAGAUUUGGGGGUCGAUGUGGUACCACUUGGAGUGCUACCAUCAGCUGUUUAGCCAAGCUUGAUGAAACAAUUCUGCCAAUUGUGUCCAAGCAUACAAACAUGCUAUCUCUGUACAUAGUAUUAGGGGGCGAGCGCAGUUGUUACUUUUUGUAUUCAAGGGUAUUUUCAGUACUGAGUCGUGGCUUUUAAUGUGUUUGUCAGGUUUUUUAAACAUUUGUUUGCAACACGGUUACACCAAUGUCACUAUGCUUUCUCCACUGACUCUGAGAGAGGAAAGGUUUUGCAGUCCUCUGGGUCUUUGUGAGUGUCUGGUUUGCUGAAUGAUUUACCACUUAGGUCUCGUGCACUUAUGACUACGAGUACGCAUUGAACCUUUCAAACAGAGUGACGAUUUUAGACAACUAA